GGGAGAUACCUUUGUCCUUAGUAUUAAAGCGGUGGACAAAGCAAGCAAAAUCUGAAUUUCACUCCACAGUUUCCAAGGAAAAUAUGCCUAGUGAAGCUGUACGAUUGGCCAGGCAUGGAGAUUUAAGUUAUUUAAGUAGCAGGAUAUCAUAUCUUGCUUCACAGACAAAGGAGGGUACCGACAUUUUGAAGAAAGAACUCAGUAGAUUGGAGUCGAUACUUGGAGAUGUUUUGAAGCAACAAAAAGAUGUAGGUGAUAGUCCAGAUCCAUGUAAUAACAUUGUAAGAGAUCCUAUCAGGGUAAUAACAUUGUAAUAUGUAUCAAUACACCUCCUUGCCAAGAUUUCUGCUCAUAGAAGAAAGAUACCCUCCUAGACAAGAUAUAUGUUUCUCUACACCUCCUUGCCGAGAUUUCUGCUCAUAGAAGAAAGAUACCCUCCUAGACAAGAUAUAUGUUUCUCUACACCUCCUUGCCAAGAUUUCUGCUCAUAGAAGAAAGAUACCCUCCUAGACAAGAUAUAUGUUUCUCUACACCUCCUUGCCAAGAUUUAUGCUCAUAGAAGAAAGAUACCCUCCUAGACGACAUAUAUGUAUCAAUACACCUCCUUGCCAAGAUUUCUGCUCAUAGAAGAAAGAUACCCUCCUAGACAAGAUAUAUGUUUCUCUACACCUCCUUGCCAAGAUUUAUGCUCAUAGAAGAUGACAUUCACAUUCAACAAAACAACUUCGAUUGUGGCAUUUUCAUGCUCAGAUACAUAAUAAACUAUGAUAAUCCAUUGAAAGAUGAGUUAGAUUCCGUAAAUCGUCGUGUGCAACUUGCCCUUUGGAUGUUGAAGCACCCAAAGAACCAAGCAUGGGUGAAAAUUAAUGAGGCUUUAGAUAAUGAAAACAAAAAUGAUGGUGCCAAGAACAAGAUCAAGACAAUAGAAGCAAUUGAUGAAGCUACUGGAAAUAGUGUUGAUCAACAUCAUGGCAAGAGCUGUUCAAAAGUCGUGCAGAGAAAAACCUCAACACUACAAGCAAGGGGUCGUGGUCGCCCUCGUGGUGCAAAGAAUAAAAACUCUCGAAAAUAAAUCAAAACAUGAACAAUUUGUUUUAACAGAAUCUUUAUGAGAUUGUCAAAUGUUUGUUUCUUUUCACAAUCAACUUUAGGAUAAAACCCAAAUCGGAACAUUCUACCUAAAUCAUGAGUGCAAAUCUCUAAGUU